GCUGAUUUAAUUUUAUUUGUUUACCUUACAGACUCUGGAAAAUGGCCCUGAAGCAGAUGAGACGAAUUCCACACCAGAAACUGAGGAAAUGUCAGAUAACCGUUCACCAGACUUGAGUUUCGAGAACGAGGCAGAUGGUUUGUUGGUUGAAAGCAGUGCAUCACUACUAGACGUAUCUCUAAGACUCCAUGACUAUGGAAGGUUUACACCAGUACCCGCCAUAAUCCGUCAUCAGUGUGAACAAGUGCAACCGGAGCUGAUUUCUGUGGUUACUCAAACCGACGAUACGAGAGUUCCCAGAAGUAUAUCAACCCAGACUUCUACUGAAACGUCGACAGUUGGGAUACAAGUGGAUCGGCCUAGCUUCACCUUUGAGGAUAUAAGGGAUGAUGACGAUAAGGUGUUGUUCUACACUGGUAUCCCAACUGCUGGAACUUUUGAGUGUUUAUUUGAUGAGGUCAGUGUUGGAAUGAAAGCAGGGUUAGCACGAAAAACCUGUCCCCGGAAAAUAAAGUGUGUUUAUAAACUGAAAAUAGUCAUGCUAAUAUAAACUGGAAAAGUGGCUCCUUAAAACUAGUACAAAUUAAGUUUGAUAAGAAGCUGAACAAGUGAACUUUGUGAGAAAUUCAGUAUACAAUUUAACUAGAAGUGUUUGACCAUUGCAUGUAUGUAUAAGUAAUAUACUAUGUAAUUAUGUGAAUAAUACUUAAUUUCACAUUUUAC